GGGUUAGAUUGUUGCAGGUCAAAGGAUUAACCAUAAUAAAAAUGUGUACACAAAAAAUGGACUUUGUUUUUUUGCUUUUGUUAAAAACUAGUUUAACUGGGCUAAUGCCUUCUUCUCUUGGUCAACCUUAUCAGCUUGUCAACCGUUUGUAUUUAAAAGUGAACCAGUUAAUCCCUGGUGAAUCCAUAUCAUUGGUUCAACCUUUUUUUCAACCUAACAACAACAGUAAAAAACCUUUGGUUCCAUCAAAUAUCUGUAAAUUUCUUCAUCUUUCCUCAUCUUUCUCUACCUUUCUACUCUUCUACCUGUUAUCUUUCAUUCUCCUCCUUACUUUAUCAUCUUCAUAUUCUCUCAUUCUACCUUAAUUGUUGAAGCUCCUCCUCUGAUUAUUCGAAUUCCCAUUUUAAAAACAUUUCAUUUUAAAAACAUUUCAUUUCACUUCUAUUCACACACACAUACACAGUCAUUCACAUUAGCUAACAAUGUUUGCCAGUUUGUUUGAAAUGGCCUCUGGUCAGAUGACUUUUCAACAUUUUAACACUGUUUCACCUGUAGUCAGUGAUUACUUCGAUGAAUUUAUGGAAACAAAGACACAUGCUGAUAUCGCUAAACUUCCUUUGAUGGAAAAUGGUUUUCUUGUUAUACUGUCAAUUAUGGCAACUUAUUUGUAUUUUGUUAAAGUUUGGGGACCAAGAAUGAUGGCCAACCGUAAACCAUAUGAUUUAAAGCCUUUAAUAUUGACACAUAAUAUCUCUUUAUCCAUAUUUAAUUUCUACUUUUUCAUAUUCACCUUAAAACAAUCCACAUUUGGAGCUGAUUUCUGGAAAUGUUCACCAUUAGAGCUGGCUCUUCGGGAGGACAAAGAUUACAAACUUUGGGUCAUCUGGAUUUACAUUAUGUCCAAAUUGUUGAUCUUUCACGUUGUUCACCACACUAUGUACCAAUCAACUUUUGGCUCGCCUUUAAAUAUGCCCCUUCUCUCAAUCUGGUUCUGCUUCCCUGCAUCAACUCCUUGGUUCACACCAUCAUGUAUGCCUAUUAUGCGUUAUCAGCCUUCGGUCCCGCUGUACGUCCUUUAUUUAUGGUGGAAAAAGUAUCUGACAACUCUUCAAAUAAGUCAAUUUGUGCUUGUCCUCAUCAAUUACACUUACCUUGGAGCUUGGUCAGACUGCAAGAUUCCUAAAUUCAUGUUCAUAUUGGGUUUCCCUCAAGUUGCUCUUAUUAUGGUUAUGUUCAUCUCUUUCUUCAUCAAAACUUAUAUCCAGACAAAACCAUCAUCACCAUCAUCAUCAUUAUCAUCAUCAACAUCAUCCUCAUCCUCAUCAUCGUCACCAUCAUCAACUGCAAUCACGUCCAAGAAAAGUCAAUGAAUUUCUCCUUUUCCAUCUCUCUCUUUGUGUAUAAAAUCUUAAAAAUGGACUACCGGAGGCUGGUUCCUUUUUUAAUUCUUCGUGUAAUCAUUGAAUAUUUUUUUCUCCUAAAAAUGCACAGAGAUGUAAACACUCAGGGAAUGUUUUUUUCAACCCUUUUUAAUCUCUUCAUGUGUCCAUGUACACUCUAAUUGACCGUCUUGUUUCUUUCCAAAAUUAGUUCAAUCAGAUUGAGAAACUAUAUUCCUCUAAGUGCGAGCAAAUCUGUAACACAACUUUAUACUUUGAUAAUAAAGUAAUGAUCUCUUCUCUUGCUCAAUCAUCUCUGACAUCCUUAAUCUUUUUGUUUUUGUUAUCAUCAUUCACCUUUUCUUAAUUAAACUUGUACCUUUAAUCAUGUUGAUUAGUUGAACAGUAAAAGUGAAUGUUGAACCUG